AUGCCCGGUGCCAUCCGCCACAAAGGAGGAGAGGCAACCCCUCCCACUGCUGUGCUAACCUUGCUCAACAGACAUCGUAUCUACUUAUCCAACACAUACGGCACAGAGCGAACAGCCCUGCGUAUCCCAGACGCCAACCUUUCCAGUAUCUUCAGUCAAUUUACAAAACCAUCGGAUUUUAACCGUCAUACUGGUGUCCCCGGGUUCCCCGAGUUGUGGAUAUCAAUAUACAAUGUCAAACCGCCUUGUUGUUAUUACGAAUGCACGAAUGAUACCGUGUAUGAACUUCAUAUGUUGGAUACCUUCCGUCCUUUGAUACAUUCAUACGCUCUUACACUUAUCUUCAUUCUCACGGGAUAA